CCAGCUUCCUGCCACAGUAUGCUCCUGCGGAAGGCUUUCGCAGGCAACCCGCGUCCCGUCCCGGACAAUCCCCGUUCUGACAGCUUUCCCUCCUCUCGGAAUUUCAAGUGAAUUCUCCUAGAAAAACCCAGAAAGAAAAUCCCGAUUAGGAGCUGAUAUGAACCCAUGUCACAUUGGUUUCUUGGGGGCGAGUACAUCAAACCUUGGGAUGCUUAGUUUGAGAUAUCCACCAACCAUUGCAACAAGAAGUUUUGAAUUAAUUCACACUUCAAAAAGGUUGGCUGGUUUUGUGGUUUGUUCUACAAAAGGCCCAAGACCAAGAUACCCUCGUGUAUGGAAAUCCAAAAAGAGAAUAGGGACCAUUUCCAAGUCACAGAAGCUUGUUGAUUGUAUAAUGGGAUUGUCGAAUGUCAAGGAAGAAGUUUACGGGGCGCUAGAUUCUUUCAUCGCUUGGGAGUUAGAGUUCCCUCUAAUUGCAGUGAAGAAAGCACUGAGGACCCUUGAAAAUGAAAAAGAAUGGAAACGAAUAAUUCAGGUGACAAAGUGGAUGUUAAGCAAAGGUCAAGGAAAAACCAAGGGAAGUUACUACACAUUAUUAAAUGCUUUAGCAGAGGAUGGAAGACUUGAAGAAGCUGAGGAGCUCUGGAUGAAGUUAUUUUCUGAAAAUUUGGAGAACCUGCCUCGUGAAUUCUAUAGUAAAAUGAUUUCAAUUUACUAUGGCAGAGAAAUGCACGAAAAGAUGUUUGAGAUAUUUGCGGACAUGGAAGAGCUCGGUGUGAAGCCGAACAGUUCAAUUGUGGAGAUGAUAGGAGACGUGUUCCAGAAGUUAGGUAUGCUGGACAAGUAUGCAAAGCUAAAGAAGAAAUAUCCACCCACAACAUGGGAAUACCGUUACUUCAAAGGGAAGCGUGUAAGAGUUCGAUCGAAGCAACCAAACGGAGCUCAUGAGGAAGUUGACACUAACUCAUUGAAUCAACUGAUUGAAGUAGACGAGGAAGAUAACGCUAACUCGGUAAGUCAAGGGCACUAAAAAUCCCAUUUGUUUCUUUCGUUUUUUCGUUUCUUUUUGUGUAUUUGAGAUGAAUGCAUUUUAAGAUUCAUGUGAGUUGGGCGAUUGUGAGAUUUUCUGUAAUUGUAAUGCUCUAAAGUUGGCGUAUACUCGCAUACUUAGUGUAGUGUACUAAUGUAAAAUUUUUUUU